AUGUUCAGGACAAUUUGCAGCUUCAUCCGCUCGACCUUCUCCCUCCAGUCACGCUCCACCUCCCACCAAUACGCACCCAAGAAAUCCCUCUACAGAAAAGCACACAAGGGCAAAGUCCCCAUCCCCAUCGGCGGGUCAACCAAAGGCACAACGCUGCAACUCGGCGACUAUGGCCUUCGUCUCAAAUCAGACGGUCAACGACUCUCUGCAAAACAACUACAAACCUGUGAAGCAGUCAUUCGACGGACCAUCAAGGUGGAGAAACAAGCGCGUGUAUUCCUAAGGCAAACGUGUAAUAUUCCAGUCUGUCGCAAGGGAAACGAAACGCGUAUGGGUAAAGGAAAGGGUGAAUUCGAUCAUUGGGCGUGUCGUGUCUCUACAGGCAAGAUUGUUUGGGAGAUUGGCGGUGCGUCUGAGGAGAUUGCCAAAGAAGCGUUACGGCAAGCGGCGCACAAGUUGCCUGGCUUGUAUGACUUUGUACGCAAGGGAGCAUUGCCCAUGAUCCUUGUUCAUUACAUCAAAAUACAUUGGCAUUUACCCUCAUUGUAG